AUGUCUGUUGAAAGUCCCAUAGACCUUCCCCUUGAACGCUCACUCUACGUGGGCAACUUCAUGCGUGGGAUCCUCUAUGGUAUAGAGCUCUUCACCUUCUCCCAAGCCGCUCACCGUACCCUCAGUCAACCCGCCCAGUCCAAUCGUCGCAGCCAAGUUCUCUACGUUGUUUAUGGUGCCGUCUUAAUGACGAUGGUCACAAUUGCCGUGACUACCGACGCACUCUGGGGCGAGUUCAUGUGGAUCGACCACAGGAACCAUCCAGGAGGGCCGUUGGGAUACUUCGGUGCCACAACGUCAAUGUGGAUGAACGUGUUCGGGUCUGCUGCCGACGCCACGGCGAACAUUCUAGGUGAUGGUCUAUUGCUCUAUCGGUGUUAUAUGAUCUGGGGAUCUAAACUGUGGAUUAUUGCGUUCCCAACACUCAUAUACCUGGCCUCUUCCGUCCUUGUCAUUAUCACCAUCGUGGAGAGCGCCCUGCCGGGUGCAUUCUUGCUCAACGGAGCCGCAGCCAAUUUCGGAGUGCCAUGGGUCUCCCUCUCCGUCAGCCUCAACGUAAUUCUCACUGCUAUGAUAUGUGGAAGACUCUUAAUGAUGCGCCGUAUGACUCUCUCGAUGAUGACUCCUGAGAUGGGAAACAUGUAUACCGGUGUGAUGUCAAUACUGGUGGAGUCAGCGUUGCCCUUCAGUGUGGUCGGUCUAGGAUUUGUAGUGACAUAUGCGAAGAGUAGUCCUACAUCCAAUGCAUUUGCGUACGUUUGGGGUAUGUUCUGUUCUCUUUCCCCCCAGAUGAUCAUUUGGAGGGUGGCUAUGGGGCGGGGGUGGUCCAAGGAGACAGUGCAGCAAGUCAGCGGCCAAAUGGUUUUUGCACAUCCCGAAAGCACUACGGAGAUUGGUGGAAUAGAGAACUCGCUCGGCACUGCGACGCUUAAUGCUUCGGAUUCCAAUAGGUCCUUGAAGGAGCCGAAAUCGGUAGGCGCGAUAGUGUAG